AACUGCUCAGCAGCGAUGGUUUUAUUCUCUGGGUGUUUUUAAGAGGGGAAUGCACGAAUGGAUUUGCCCUCCCCCGAUAUCCUGAAGUUUAAAGUUUGAUCUCAGUUUCGCUUAGAUGUUCUGACCUGGUGCAAAUAUCGAGAUGGGAUUUUCUACCCUGCAGACGUUCCCGCUCAUCGAGGGCCUGACGGGGCCGCAGACGCUGGACGUGCUGCACAAGCGCAUCACGGCGCUGGGCGCGCGUAUCUCGGGCCAGUUCGUGGUGGACUGCGAGACGUACUUCUCCGCUCCGUCGCUGCUGCCGGGGAACUCGCAGCGGAUCCUGAACGUGCUGCACAACACGGAGGAGCCGGCCAGCGUGUUCGCCAUCCUGGAGGGAGGCGCCAAGCAGCCGGUGCUGGUGGCCGACACGCUGCUGGACGCGCUGCUGCCCAAGGUGGCGCUCCUGUACACGUCCAACAAGAAGCAGACGCGCAUCGAGUCCAAGGGCAACCGCUACGAGAUGGGCGACUUCGUGGUCAAGCUCGGCAGUGUGACCAUGUCCGGCAGCUUCAAGGGCAUUCUAGUGGAGGUGUCGUAUCUGGCCUGCGUGGUCCCCGCGCUCUGCUGGGAGAUGGUCUGGGAGUUCAUGCAGUCCUUCCUGGGCAGCACGGUGCCCUCCACCCUGCCGCCGUACAUCCAGAACCGCCAGAACUCCGUCUUCAGUCCCACGGACACCAUCCAGAUGUACCUGGAGAAGUUCAACGAGUUCCGGAAGCUGACGGUGGCCCGGUGAUGGCCGGCUUGCCGCCGUGGCGGCGCUUCAAAGCCGGCGCCGCCGACACUGGUGCGGUGGUGACGCAGUGACACGAUGGUGAUCCGUGACUGGUGCCACGCCGGUGCCAAGACUGGUGCCGCGUCGGUGCCAAGACUAGUGACUCGC